UCAGCCUUUGUUCUCUUCACAAAGUCCAAAUUUUGGUGCAGCCCAAAAACUCCCCACUUCACAUUCCCACUCACUCACGGAGGAACACUGAACAAACGUAACUCAGAUAUAUCCAGAUCUCUCUCACUUCCUCGCAGUCACACAGACUCACAAUGAAUCACGCUUCGCUCAUCUUUUUCAUCACUCUACGGUUGCUCAAAAUGGCAGUGGCUGAUGAGGGUUUUUGCCCUUCUACUUCAAUGGUCGACUCGGGUUCGGACUUGAAGCAUUUGUAUUGGAAGGUCACCAAUCCCACACUCUCUCCUUCCCAUCUUCAAGACUUGCCAGGGUUCACACGCAGUGUUUACAAACAAGACCAUGCUUUAAUAACACCAGAGAGUCAUGUCUUUAGUCCUUUACCUGACUGGACUCUGACAUUAGGAGCGUAUUUGAUAACACCGGCCAUGGGUUCACACUUCGUAAUGUAUCUGGCAAAGAUGCAAGAAAAAUCACGAUCUGGACUCCCCCCAAAUGAUGUUGAAAGGUUCAUAUUUGUGGUCCAGGGUGCUGUCACUCUCACCAAUGUUUCUGGUACUAGCGACAAAUUAACGGUGGACUCAUAUGCUUAUCUACCUCCGAAUGUUGAUCAUUCCCUCAGGUGUGAUGCAUCUGCCACUCUUGUGGUAUUCGAGAGAAGGCAUGUUUCUCUGGAAAAUCAAUCUACUGACCAGAUUAUAGGUUCAACAGACGAGCAGCCACUCCUGGAAACUCCAGGCGAGGUCUUCCAAUUAAGGAAGCUUAUUCCAACAUCUAUAUCCUAUGACUUCAACAUCCAUAUAAUGGACUUCCAGCCUGGGGAGUAUCUUAAUGUGAAGGAGGUGCAUUAUAAUCAGCAUGGCUUGUUGCUCCUGGAGGGACAGGGUAUUUACCGAUUGGGUGAUAGCUGGUACCCUGUUCAAGCAGGCGAUGUCAUUUGGAUGGCACCAUUUGUGCCUCAAUGGUAUGCGGCAUUGGGUAAAACCCGGACGCGAUAUCUACUGUACAAAGAUGUAAACCGGAAUCCACUUUAGUCAAUGUAUCGUUAGGAUGUCUGUGACAGUUUAUCAAUACAGAUAUGUGUGUGUAAUGCAAACGGAAAUCUUACAGUUGGAACGCCAAUCGAACUACUGUUUCUCGAAGGUGAAUGUUCUUACUCAACUAAACUAACUUUGAUAUACAUAAGUUAUGAAAGAACCAGAAAUUUUUGGGGGCA